UUUCAGCAGUAUGGCGGUGAAAUUUAUCGGUUGUGCUUUAUCAUCGAUGCCGAACAUUUAGUCAAAAAUAAUUCGGAGUGAUCAACAAGCCAAAAAGAGCUGGUCAUUUAAUUUUUUUAUUUUGAGACUGUUUAGGUUAAUUUAAGGGCGGCAAUAUGAAAAUAACGCUGAAAAAUUUGCAGCAGCAGAGCUUUGUUGUGGAGAUAGAUUCCUCUCAAACUGUGAAGCAACUGAAACAAAAAAUAGAAUCCGAAAAAGGUUCGGAAUACCCUUCUGAAAAUCAGAGGUUGAUAUACGCUGGGAAAAUCCUAACCGAUGAGACCCCGCUGUCCGAGUACAGCAUCGAUGAAAAAAAAUUCAUUGUUGUUAUGGUUACCAAACCAAAACUGCCCGAAAAAACUGAAUCGGGCGACGGAUUUUCUUCAGUUGCUGCGGGGACCCCAGAAUCGUCACCUCCAGGCAGAUCUGCACCAGUCGAACCGAGUCCUCCAGUUGGGUCCACCACAGUGGUCACAGCUACCCCUGCACCGCCGGUCGUGCCCGCGCCAUUAACGGGAGCUUCUUUGAGUAGCGUAGCAGAGUCCACCCUUUUAAUGGGUGAAGAGUACGAAAAUAUGGUUAGGAAUAUUAUGGAUUUGGGAUAUGACAGAGUUCAGGUCGAGCAAGCUCUGAGGGCGAGUUUUAACAACCCAGAUAGGGCGGUGGAGUACCUCAUCAAUGGGAUACCGGCGAUGGAAGACGCGGAAGGGGUAAGCGAAACGACAGCGACGGACAUGUCCAGCGUGGAUGAACGGCAAUCGGAUUCGGAGGAUCCUUUGGCUUUUUUGCGCAAUCAGCCACAGUUUCAGCAAAUGCGCCAGGUCAUCCAGCAGAACCCACAAUUGCUGAAUGCGGUUCUGCAGCAGAUAGGACAAACGAACCCCGCCCUAUUGCAGCUCAUCUCCCAAAACCAGGAGUCGUUUGUCAGGAUGCUUAACGAACCCCAAGGGGGCAGCGGGGGCACGCCGGCCAGCGGCGGCGGCGCCAACGUUCCCACAGGAGGAGCGGCCCUCAGUGGAGGACAAGCUACGGGCGGUGGCGGUGGGGGCGGCCCCAUCGGUGUACCCAUCCAGGUGACUCCCCAAGACAAGGAUGCCAUAGAGAGGCUAAAAGCACUUGGAUUUCCGGAACAUUUAGUCGUCCAGGCAUACUUUGCGUGUGAGAAAAAUGAAAACUUAGCAGCAAACUUUUUAUUGUCGCAAAAUUUUGACGAGUAACUCGAGAGCUUCGAACCACACCCCCCCCCAACCUCACAUGAAGUAACGUUAGUUUCGCCUGAUUUUGUAUUUUUGAAUUAUCCUUUUUUGUAAGGCCGCAUCAACGGACGCACGUUUCGGGGCCCCAUUUGUCCCCACCAAAAGUUUUGUUAAUUUUCUUUUUUAUUUAAUGUAAAUUUAUUAUGGUUAUGUCUUUACCUAGGGGGCGGGGACGGUAAACGCGGGAAUCGUCCAUUUAUCCGGCCCGCAUGUAUUUUACAUUUGUACAUAGGUAUUUUUAACAUCGUCGGUACUAUCAUUGAUGCUUGGAUUUAAAAGAUUUUUGUGAAUUUGGUUUCAGAUGUUUUGUAAUAUAGUAUAUAAAUAUUUGAUGAACA